AUGGCCAUCAUUUGCGAAAAGCUAAGGCAUCCCUUGUCGAGUGGCUCUCUAUGGUUGGCUUCAUCCAACGAUGUGAGAGUCACUCCACAUGUGCAAUUAAAUUACUUCUCUCACCCUAAAGACCUCUCCCAGUGUGUCAGCGCAGUGAAGAAGAUCGGUGAGGUGUUAAGCAGCAAAUCUAUGGAACGAUUUAAGAUGGUUGAUUCUAAUGAAGAGAGAAAUUUUAUGUAUUUUGGGCCUUCUUUGCCGACGAAUCAGUCAAACGAGUCGGCAAUGGAAGAAUUUUGUCGAAGCAGUGUGACAACCAUAUGGCAUUACCAUGGUGGAUGCACGGUUGGGAAAGUUGUCGAUGGUGAUUUUCGAGUUAUGGGGGUUAAUUCGCUUCGCGUAGUGGAUGGUUCUACUUUUCGUGUCUGUCCCAGGACCAAUCCUCAAGCCACUACCAUGAUGUUAGGCCGGUAUGUUGGGCUUAAGAUGUUGCAGGAAAGGGAAGUCAAAGCAAAGGCAGAAUAA